GGAAUUGGAAUUUCUUUCCGCGGCAGAUAAAGUCAUAACAAUACGAAAUAUAUAUAGGGAAAAGGGGAAAGGAAUUCUAUCUUUCUAGGGUUUGCGCAGUUGCUUGUGAAGAUAACAAGAGACUGAAUAUGAUUGAGGUGGUGCUGAAUGAUCGGCUAGGGAAGAAGGUUAGGGUGAAGUGCAACGAUGACGACACCAUUGGAGACCUGAAGAAGCUUGUGGCGGCUCAGACUGGUACCCGCGCCGACAAGAUCAGGAUCCAGAAGUGGUACACCAUCUACAAGGAUCACAUCACUCUCAAGGACUACGAGAUCCAUGAUGGCAUGGGCCUCGAGCUGUAUUACAACUAGUUCGCCUUUAUAAGCCGCUACCCUCUUCGCCCAAGUGAGUUCUGGAAUGCGUGGGGAUGAGGGAUAUAUAUAGCGGAAGCUAUCUGCUUGAAGAAUGAUCUGGGAUAAUCGUUAUGUUUGGUGAAUGUUUCCAGACUUGACUCUUAUAAACUGGUGUAAACCAUGAAGCUGCUGUUAUGUAUCUUAUUGUGUAGGGCCUGCAGGCAUGGCACUAUAAAACUGUGUAUAUGAAUAUAUGAUGUUUCUAGUUUGAUAUCUGUUGUUGCUUAUUGUUGACUUAA